AUGUUGCAUGGUAAAAUUGCAAAUAUUUGGGUAAUUAGAACAUUUCGUUGGUUUGUAAGUUUUUCAGUAGCAGUUUUAUUUAUUCCAAUAACAUUGUUACUUUUAAUUGGUUUGGAUUGUGAUUACAGUGAGUCUACAUUUAGAAGCUUUGAAUCUGAAAAUAUUGAAUGCUUCAAAGGGGAGAAUUUACCAAUUUCAGUGGUUUCAAUUUUAUUAAUUGCUGCUUUUAGUUUGGUUGGUUUUACUUCAAGUGCAACAUACUAUGAAUAUGAUACAAAUAUAAAGUCAAGAUUUGCUAAACCACAUGCAAGAUUUGAUGUUUUAGUUUUAUUUGCAAAACUUGUAUUUUCAUUAUUAAAUUCAUUAAUAGAUUAUUUUCCAUGGUUAAUUGUUUUUUAUAGUUAUGUUCUUUUUAGUUAUUGGAUCAAUUAUAGUAUUACCAUAUAA